UGAGAUCGGCGGUUCAUUUGCCGAUCGUCGUUCGUAGCUUGAGGUACUAGCUCCCGAGAGCUCCGCGAGAAAAUAUAGAAGCGAAGCACUCAAGUUGAUAGCAAUUGCCAGGAAAAUUGCCACAUCGCCAGAAUGAAGCUGAGCUCGGGACUGUUUUUGAUCUGCGCCGCUUUGCUCGGCUGCUCGUCGGCCACUGAUGUCAGUCCCUGCCCCAAAUCCAAAUCCAAGGCCUUGACUGCCGGCGACGUGUCCAUCUCGAACUGCCCGAAGAGCAAGUGCAUCCUGAAGCGCAACACGGAGGCGAGCAUCCAGAUGAAGCUGCGACCUGAGAGGGACUUCCAGGAGCUGACCUCGGACAUCCAGGGCAUCAUCCUGGACGUGCCGCUGCCCUUCCCCGGAUACUACGGCACCAGCGCCUGUCCGCACAUCUACGACGAGGCGGGGGAGAAGAAGGUGGGCUGCCCGCUGAAGGCCGGCCAGGUGUACACCUACAAGAACAGCUUCAAGAUCCUGCCGGUUUACCCCACCGUCAGCCUGGAGAUCCACUGGGGACUGGGCGACAAGCACGGAGAUGCCGCCUGCUUCCAGAUACCCGCCAAAAUCAAGGCCUAAACAGCUGCGAUGUUUGCACUCAAUGUUAGCUUUUAUUAGUGGUAAAUCUUAAGAUCGUAUCUGCAUAUGCUUAGUUAUGGAUUAAGUACGGUUAAGUGAACGAAAACGAAGCGGGCCAUUGUUGCGGCAUCCAGCCAGUGACGCAAAAUGGCCAGAGAGGAUUCCACUGAUCAGCUCAGUAAAUCUAAUAAUAAAAAACACCACAACAAA